AAGGCAGGACAAAUCACGCAGACGGGAGAUCGGAAAUUGCGAUUUUGCCGGACCGCCCCUUGGGAAUGGAGCCACGAUUCUUGAAUGUGUACGCCCAUCCCGACUGUUCUGGUGGACUGGUUCACGUUCGAUCGGGACCGAGUGCCAACUACGAGCCUCUCCGAUCCUGCCAUGUCGGUGUCGAGACGGCCACGCACACCGGCCUGUACCUCGAAGGUCGGCAGUACAUGCAAAUUCGCCGCGAGUUUGCCACCGAUGUGGUGCUUGACGCGACGUGUGUGCACACCGGCCUUGCCGUGGACCUCUUCGCGUUUGUGAACUGCUCCACGAUGGCAUACGCCAUGUUUACCGACGCGAAUUGCUCCCACAACGUCCCCGUCGUGGAGAUUGCACACCCCCACGUCGAGUGUUUUGUUCCGAAUGACGCGGCCGUCCCAUCCAUGCCGCACCCGCCACCCUUGCUCAAGUACAUAAAGGGAUAUGCCAACCCAGACUGCUCGGGGCCACUCACGUAUAUGGCAACGCUGCAAGGUGUGGUGGCCAUCGCGCAUGACACUCAAUCGUGUAUCGAUGGUAUUGAGCUGAAUCGUAUUCCACCGAGAUCGAAGGACUUCGCACUCAGCGCUGCCUACAUGAACAUAGAUAACGGAGUUGACGCGAACAGCCUUGCUCUCGACCGAGCAUGUGUGCAAUUCGCCCCGCGGAAGUUCCUCGUCGUCGACUGUCAAGCCCAAGCGAUUACGUACUACAGCGAUCCGUUGUGUCGUGUUGUCGAUGCACACGGCGCACACGUUGUCCUGGCACCACGGCCAUCCAAAUUGCCAUUGAAUUGCUCAGUUCCAUCGGGGGAUGGCGAGAUGCUCGGUGUCCAGGGAGACUUCUGGGCAAAAGAGUCCGUAGUCCUCGUCGCAGUGCUCGCGAUUGCGUUCGUGGGAGCAAUAUGGCGUGCCGUCGUGUGGCGCAGUCGCCGGCGGCAAAGUCAUGUUCGCUUGUUGAAGUAGAUAGCGAUCCGGAUAAGUGAUGCGAAUUAUCCGAAUGUCAUGUGCUAG